CUCCCUCUCUUGCUGGGUAUAAGAGCACAUUUGUGAUGGAGUCCACGUUCAUUCGUUCACGUUUGUGCAGCUGAGACGAGUUCUUGGAUUGCAAGCUCCAACCCGGCCAUGAAGCUCAUUUUGCUCUUCACAGCCUCCCUCACCUGGGCCUUCCAGCAGCAGGCUGAGCCGUCCAAGUACCAGUACCGCGACCCCGUGACCUCCGACCUCCUCCUUUGCGACCAGUGUCCCCCCGGCACGGCCGUGAAGAAACACUGCACCGCGGACAGGGCCACGGAGUGCCAAGUCUGCCCGGAGAGGCAUUUUGCCGACAGCUGGCACUGGGGGGACUCGUGCCAAUAUUGCACCUCGGUGUGCAAAGAGAGGCAGCUGGUGAAACACGAGUGCAACAGCACCCACGACCGAGUGUGCGAGUGCGCUGCAGGUUUCCACCUGGUGGUCGAGUUCUGCAUCACGCACAGCUCCUGCCCGGCCGGCUACGGAGUUGCAGCUUUAGGUACGCCGGUGAGCGACACCGUGUGCAAGCAAUGCCCCGCUGGCCAUUUCUCCAGCAGCCGCUCCUCCGCAGAAGCAUGUCGACCGCACAGAAACUGCACCGACUCGGGCCUGAAGACGCUGAGAUGGGGGACGUCCACUUCAGACAGCAUCUGCGGGAGUCAGGGCCAGAUUAUGGCCAUCGAUUGCGCUCAUCAGCACACUUUGUGCCGCACAGACGUGCUGCUGUGCGAGGAGGCCGUCUUCCAGUCGCUCGCCUCCCUGCAGCUGUCCUCCGUGCCCCUGGAGCGUCUGCUGGAGAGCCUUCCCGGCCGGCGGGUGGACGGCAAGAGCGUGGAGAGGCUGAAGAAGGCCUGCUCUCCACAACAGCAAGUCCUCCAGCUGCUGCGGCUCUGGAGGCAGCAGAACAAAGACCAGGACAAGCUCUACGGUAUCAUAAAAGGCGUGAACCUCUGCGAGCGGAAAAUCUCCCGCUGCAACAGCCUGAAAAACGUAACUCUGGGCGACCUCCUGGAAGUCACCGACAGCUUGCCGGGGGUUAAAGUUCACCAGGAGGAUGUGUCGGCGCUGGCGGCCAUGUGCCUCCCCAAGCAGUACAUUCUGCAGCUCCUGCACCUGUGGAAGACGGCCAACUUUGACCUGGAUCUGGUCAAAGGUCUUUCUCACAGCGUCAGGGUGCUGCGCAGCAAAGGGGCGCCUCGCUACCUGUUGAAGGGCUUGAAGAAGAUCAGCCGCAUUAUUGGCUCCACCUCCACGCGCAAGACCUACGAGAAGAUGUUUGUUAGCAUGCUGCAGGACGAGCUGUGUUUUAAAACUCUAAAGCCGUUCAACGAAUGAACCAACAUUUCCAUUAGGGGUGGGCAUUUGACUAAAUUGACUUUCAUCGACCAUCGGGCAGAUGAACGACCAAUGAAGUGGUUUGUUUUAUGAAUUGUUCACGUUUUUUAAUUGGUUGAGAGAACGGGCAGCGCGUCUGCCUUGCAGUUCUGAGGCUUUUGCGGUUCCAAUCCCCAAAUUUGACCUGUAGAGAUUGCAUGUUCUCAUAGUACUAGCGUUGGUUUUCUCCGGGUGCUCUGGCUUCCUCCAACAUUCUGAAAAAACUUGGCUGCAUCUUAGAUUCAUUGAAUUGUCCAUAGGUGAGAAAGUAAGUGGUGUACGCCUCCUCUUGUUGAAAGUUCAGGAUAGGUUUCAGUUCAUCCACAACCUCAAUGGGGACAAAUACUAUAGAAAGUAUAGUGGACUGGCAACCAGUCCAGGGUCCACACCGCUGCUUCCCCUGCUAUUGACUCUUAACUCACACGCUAACCCAAAUGAGGAUGAUUGGGGAAAUCACACUGUGUAUGUUCUGAACUCCUUUUUUCAUUGUCUUACUGAUGAGAAUCAUCCUUCCUGCUUACGAAAUGUUCUUCGUCUUCAGACAACAAACCCGUUGCCGGUGACUCAACAGCGCCUCCGCUGGUUGCAGUCAAAAAAAGUAUUUCAUAUCGCCUCGACUGCUACAAGACUCGAGAACUCCCGAGUGCUCACGGCCACACAGUCAGCGAGUGUGAAUGACAAAUUGAUUUUCAUGCCCAUCCCUACGCGUAGAUUCACACACUCAACUUGACGGUGGGGGCGACACCGACGACAUAAGCCGACAGUUGCAGCCAGUCAAAACAUUAGGUACACCUAAACAAUCUCGUGGGUCCAAUACGGGAGUUGGAUUUGCAAGUCUGUCAUAUCAAAUGAACAUUACCUCUGUCACAGUUCUUGUGUUAUGAUGAUGAUGAUAAUUGGACUGUGGAUUCAUAUACGAUAGCAUCAAGUCUGUGGGAUGUUACUUAAAGGGGAAAUGCACCGGUUUGCAAGCCGAAAGAAACUUACUUACCAUGGGUCAUGUAAUAUGUAUUCUAUUUUGACAAUGUGAUGUUAAAUUAUCUCAUUUAAUAGUGUUUUGAGAAGAUUUCUAUCGACAAUUCCGAAUGUUCAGGGGCGCUGCCAUUUUUGCGAGUCACAUGACCUACGUGCGCGGAUGUGACGUGUACCGUGCCGCAACAAAGGCUCGACUACAUGGGACACCAUUUGUGCCUGGCGCCGAUUUCUCAUUUUUAUCCUCAUCUGAUGAAGAAAUAGCGUAUUGGUUGAUCGGGAAGACGGAGGAAUACUUCCAUACAGAUUUGAACCAGUGGCUGUAAAUAAUGUUGAAUAUUCGGAUGGUUCUUUGGGCGGAAUGACGGGGAGUCUGACGACUCGGAGGCCUACGCGCGUGGUCCUUCGGACGGGAAUGACGCGGAGUCUGACGAGCGAGCUCCGGUGGCGGGCCGCCAGCCGAGCUUCGGGGAGCGAGCUAACGGCCUCCCCGGGUGCCGAAGCUCGGCGAACCGCCUCCACGGACGCCGAAGCUUGGCUAACGGCCUCCCCGGAUGCCGAAGCUCGCCUAACGGCCUCUGCCGCCGCCGCCAGAGCUCGCUCGUCAGACUCCAUCCCAUUCCGCCCGAAAAACCAUCCUGAAAAUUCAUAAUUGUCGAUAAAAAUCUUCUCAAAACACUAUUAAAUAAGAGCGGAUUUAAUAUCGCAUUGUCAAAAUAGAGUACAUAUUACAUGACCUAUUGGAUACAUUGUUCAUGCAAACGAAUGGAUUUCCCCUUUAAGCACAAAAAGAUACGUUAUUAUAAAGAGGCGUUUAUAGUAUUUCUUAUACCCCUUAUAAGGGCGAAUAAUUAAGACGCAAAUACUUUUGCCCACUUUCAGUUAUUUUGAGGAAUAAUAAUCAUGGGAUUUUUUUUUUUUUUUAUUUCUAGGCAGACCAUAACUCCAUCUUUGGGAAAUAUUUCAUGGGUAUCGUUUGAGUCUGUGAAAGGUAAUAAAGAAACUAUUUAAAAUGUAAAUAGUACUAUUUUAUGAAAAGUGGGCAGGAAAAUUUUGUAUGUUUAUUUUUUAUUUCUGAUUGCUUUCUCGCCACUUGAGAGGAAGGAUUUGAUUUCUUGAUGAAAUCCAGGUAUGAGCUAUAUACUGUAAGUCCUUUGUUUGAUGCUUUGUCUGCGACUGCUGGCAAGUGAAGCUUAUAGGGAUUUUAUUUUGUAAUUUUCAGCUUUAUGAAUGUAAAAUUGUGUUCUAUUUAAAAA